UGGGAACGUGUUGGCUCGGUGUGUGACAAAGACGACAAAGAGGGUCACGAUGUCCACGGCUGCCCGCAGGUCUGCGCUCUGUGCGCCGGCACGGUGUGCACGCUCAACUGGUUCCCGCUGUGCCGGGACUGCUUCUGGUACGCGCUCAGCAUCCUGGUCAUGCUGUUCGUCAUUUGCAACGACCUGAUAUCCUGGUUUGAGAGCUUCUUCAUGCUGCUGGUGUACGUGGCCUACUGCGUCUCCCUGCACUACAACGACCGGGUGGAGAAGUGGGCCAACACCCUGCCGCUGCCGUGCAAGCCCGCCUCCCCUGACGAGGAGGCGCACCUGGUCACUUACCGCACCCUGCCCGAGGACCCAAACAACCCCAACGCACAACAGCAGCAACAACAGUACGCUGACCUGCAAGCAAACGGUGAGGGCGGACAGCCCGGCGCCCCCGUGCCAGCUCCCGGCGCCCCCGCGGUCCCGCAGGGAGGCCCGCAGUACUACAAGCCCAAGGAGCCGCCCGCGGAGGAGGUAUCGCCGUUGGAGAUGCCACCGAAUGCGACGCAGCUGGAGAAAAUCCGCUGGGGAUCCGUGCUCCCCAUCCACUACAUGUGCCGCCUGACCAUGCCUGACUGCCGCAAAGAGCAGUACCGCCAGUGGUACCCCUUCACUUUCGUCAUCUCCAUGAUCUGGAUCUCAUUCUACUCGUACAUCAUGGUCUGGAUGAUCACCGUCAUAGGUAGCACGUUAGGCAUCCCUGAUACCGUCAUGGGGCUUACCUUCGUGGCCGCAGGUGUCAGCGUGCCAGAUGCACUUUCCAGUCUGGCUGUCGUCAAGGAAGGUGCGUCUGCCCUAUUGAAAUACCUUGUGGAUGACUGUCCCCUCCCAUUUACUUUUGCCUGUUACUCUGCAACUUAAGGCGCCCGUAAGCCA